GCCAUCUAUACCGCAGACAAUGCGUGGACUGCAGAUCGUACACUGGGGCGAGCCCUACGUGCUCAACACCUCCAUCCCCGUUCCUUCCCCCGCUAAGGGUCAACUGCUCAUCAAGAUCGCUUCUGCAGGGUACUGCCAUACGGAGACGCUGGUGCUGAACGGGGACUUUGCUAGGCUGGCGCUGAGGGACCCGCUCCCCCAGAUACCGAGUCAUGAGCCUACGGGCUGGGUGGCUGCUGUGGGAGAGGGUGUGGAUGGGGAGAAAUGGAAGGUGGGGAUGAGGGUUGGAUGCUUGAACUAUAGGGAUAUGUGUGGCAGUUGUAAAGAGUGCAAAGCAGGCGACUUGAAGUUCUGCACCCAUGCGAACCUCGCCGGUGUGACAGCCGACGGCGCGUUCGCGGAAUACAUGCUCGCCUCGCCCCAGAGUACUAUCCCCCUCCCCGCGUCUAUAUCGUUCGACAAUGCCGCGCCCCUCUUCUGUGCAGGAGCAACGGUCUACUGCGGCCUCCUACGCUGCGCCCUUUCCCCUGGUCAAGCAGUAGCCAUCCUCGGCUGCGGGGCGCUCGGGCACCUGGGGGUCCAAUUCGCCAAAGUGAUGGGCCUCCGGGUAGUUGCCAUCGACUCGCGCCAAGCGCCUCUGGACCUGUGCGCAACGCUUUCCCACCCCCUGGACAAGUGUAUCAACUCCUCCCUAACACCUGUGAACGACGCGCUCGCUAAGCUGCCGUUUGAAGUCGACGCUGCUGUCGUAGCGACGGACGCGAUACCGGCGUAUAGGUAUGCGCUUGAGCUGACCAGGAAGCACGGGACGGUCGUCGUCCUUGGCCAACCUAAGGAGGAUAUCCCGGUGCCCUACUUUCAGCUUAUCAUGCGUGAUCUGACGAUCAAGGGGAGCGUCCUCUCCUCCCCCGAAGACUGUCAGGAUAUGAUAAACAUGUUCGCGGAGCACAACCUUGAAGUACGUACGCACGUCUACAAGAUGGAAGAGAUCAGCAAGUUGAUCGAAGAUACACAUAAGCCGGAGAUGAGCGGGAAGAUGGUGGUGCGUAUUGCAGAGGAGUUUUGAGGGGAGUUGAAGAGGAAUCGGGAAUCGGGUUGAAGGGAAGUGUGCUUGGAAAUGUACUAAUGAAAGUAAAAGAAUGAAAUGG